UCGAUUCACGAAUCCUUAAAUGCAUUCGUAUGAAAAAAACACAGGAGGAAGGAUUCGCACGCGAGGAAACACUUUUCCGACAUUAAGCUUAUUGUAAAAACCAGUGGAAUCUUGUUUUAAUAAUAAAUAGCUACGGAAAAUGUGUUGCGUGAAUGUGACCUGUGCCCAGACGCGAGUGUGUUUCGCAUAGACAUGGUUUAAUGGUGCGACAACAUCUUCCACUACUCGGUUCCGUCCUGUGCCAGCGCAGUGGCAGUAAAAUAUGCGACCGAAACGAAGUGCCGCGCCGUGGAAGGUUUUUGGCUAAUCGCGAGUAGAAUUCAUAGAACGCUUAGAACAACGGAUCGGAAAUCGGACACGGCCCGUCAAAGUUAAUAUCCCUCAGAAAUGCCCGAACAUCUCGAACUGCAACAGCUGGUGGACGGUGUGUUGCAGGGCACCACACGUCAUCGAUCUCUGUCCUGGCUGCAAUGCUCAUGCCCUUAUCUGGGCAUCAUCCUUGCCACGGUUUCUUCCUUUUUCUUUUCCUUGUGCUCCGUCAUUGUGAAAGGACUUGUUGAUGUUAAUCCUAUCGAGCUGGCCACAUUUAGAUUUAUCGGCGUGCUGCUUCCAUCAAUCCCGAUAGCAAUAUAUCGCGAGGAAACCUUAUUCCCGGAAGGGAAGCGGAUCAUACUAGUGCUACGAUGUUUUGUCGGAACAACCGGGCUUAUGCUUAGCUUUUACGCUUUCCGUCACAUGCCACUAGCGGAUGCAUCCGUGAUCAUCUUCUCCACACCAGUGUUUGUUGCCAUAUUUGCACGGCUGUUCCUUCGCGAGGCAUGCGGCAUGUUCAACGUUAUCACGAUCGUCCUCACGCUGAUCGGUGUGGUGCUGAUCACCAAACCACCGUUCCUGUUUGGAGACAAUCAGGUAUCGAUUGUGGACGAACAGGUAAUGGAAAAUAGCUACGACAUCUGGGGCCCGGUGGCAGCUCUAUCGUCGACCCUGUUCGGUGCGAACGCGUACGUGUUGCUGCGUGCCCUAAAAGGGCUGCACUUCUCUGUUAUCAUGUCCAACUUUGGCGCCUUUGCCUUGCUUUACACGCUUAUAGUUUGCUACUACAUUGGGGCACUCUGUUGGCCAUUGUGCGGGACGGAUCGUUUUCUUGUUAUAGCGCUAGCCCUGUUUAGCUUCGGUGGCCAAAUACUGCUCACGCUUGCACUGCAGUACGAACAGGCGGGUCCUGUAGCGAUAGCCCGGUCGGCCGACAUCGUGUUUGCCUUCAUCUGGCAGAUAAUGUUCUUUAAGGAAACGCCCAGCCUUUACUCCGUGCUCGGUGCGCUGCUGGUGGUCAGCUCGGUGGUACUAUCCGGUCUGCGCAAAUGGGCCCUGGCAUUGCCGAGAGACUCGGAAACGAGGAAAAAAUUACAUUUCCUGUAUCUGGAAUAGAUAGAUGUAAGAGACACCUAACAACCAUAUGUUACCAGUACAUUCCCAUCAUCGUUAUGGCUCAACUUCAUCACCAUUAAACGGUGCUCAUUUCACACCUCGUUUUGUAAUAAGAAAUGACCCAGACGGCGGGUCAGAAGCGCACCCAAAGUAAUUCAGAACAGGCCGGUUUACAAAUUAUCCUCUAAAGAAAAUCAUUCAAUUUUAAGCCACUAACAAUCUCUCUUAACAAACCAGCAGGCUCGCAUCCAUUUUUAUCACGAUUUGAUGUUCCUGUUCCAGGACGAGGAACGACAGGAGCAUUCAAGCAUGGUGUGGAGGAGCGUUUAAGCAACCAACAAAAUGAUAAACUGUAAGACUUUAUGACGACCAAAAUCAGAAUGUAGGUGGAUAAGAGAUAUUUUUAACGAUAAUAUUAUUCAACAUAAUGGAAUUGCUUUCCAUCAUUGGUUCAACACAAGCAAUGGGAUCUAAACGCUAACACUACAACCCACACACAAAACUGCAAAAACUAACGCGCACUCUCGACCUUUCCAAAACUACAUUUACCUACUGGCGGUGGUGCAGAGACAGAAGUUUGGCAAGAACUCUGCAACCAGCCCCACACACGAUUUAAUCCUGUGCAGGGACAGUUUUUCAAAGGACGAGAGAGAGAGAGAGAGAAAAGGGAGAGCAUGUUAUGAUUCUAGUCAAGAAAACGUUUUCCGUCACGUUCAAAGGACAUCAGCAAAGUAAAACUAAGCAUCACGAUAUUAGGAGAACUUAAACGCUUGUCACCAAAAAGGGAAGGAGAAGAAACGGGUUUCUGUCCGUGUUUCUUGUAAUAUGAAAUAUUAAAUAGUCUAAUAAAACUGCAUUGUGAUUAAACAGUGGUCUCACGUUCAUACCGCCAAACAUGGUGUUAAGCAAAGAUUUUCGAUAAAUAGUUGUAUCGUUUGAUUUUAGAACAUUCCACUUUACCCCAGGUUCCUUCCUUAGUUAGGUCGAAUCAACGACGAUAUCCUGGCAAAUCGAAUCCUUACAGCAUCUUUUACACAAUAACGCACGCAUUAAGAAACAAAAACGUUGCUGAAAACACCUGAUCAGAUAUUAUAGGAACAAAGAUCACCGAUGUACCGAUUGCUGUAGGAAGUGUACACAGAGCGGCUAGAAGCAUUACAACUAUUACUUACAAUAAAUCCUCCAAAACGAAAACCGGCUCCGCUUAAUAGCAUACAAUUUUAU